AUAAAUUUGAGGCUUAAUGAACAGUGUUACUUAUAUGAAAAAGUCUUACGUUCGGCCUACAACGUUCAUUAAGCAGUGCAUCCUCAAGCAGAACUGCCUCUGUAAGGAGAGCCCUGUUGCUUUGAUUGAUAAAGGUUGAAAAGCAGCAGCCCCCAUGUCGCCCAUAAGAAGAAAACUAAUAGUUGUUGGAGAUGGUGCAUGUGGAAAAACAAGCCUCCUGUCUGUGUUCUCUACAGACAAGUUUCCCGAGUUUUACGUUCCAACCGUUUUCGAGACUGAUGUCUCUGACAUUGAGGUUAACGGCGAAAUGGUAGAGUUAGCUUUAUGGGAUACCGCUGGACAAGAGGCUUAUGACAGACUGCGACCUUUGUCUUAUCCUGACACUGAUGUGGUCUUGAUGUGCUUCUCCAUUGAUAGUCCUGACAGCUUAGCAAACGUCCUCGAAAAAUGGGCUCCUGAAGUAAGGCACUUCUGUGGCCAAAGGGUUCCUCUUAUUUUAGUCGGUAACAAGAUAGACUUGAGACACGAUAAAAACGUAAAGAAAGAUUUGUCCAAGUUCAAACAAGCGCCUUUAACUAGCGAAGAGGGACGAGCAAUGUUUGAAAGGAUCAAAGCUUAUGCUUACAAGGAGUGUUCUGCAAAAACGAGAGAGGGAGUAAGAGAUGUGUUUGAAACGGCCGCCAAGGCUACACUGAAGAUAGAGUUAGCACUUUGGGAUACAGCUGGACAGGAAGAUUAUGACAGGCUUCGACCUCUGUCUUAUCCCGACACUAAUGUUGUCCUGAUGUGCUUCUCUGUUGAUAAUCCCGACAGUUUUGAGAAUAUCCCUGAAAAAUGGGCUCCUGAAGUAAGACAUUUCUGCCCAUCUGUACCGAUCAUUUUGGUAGCUAAUAAGAAAGAUUUGAGACACAACGAAAGUGUAAAGAAAGAGCUUGCGAUUUAUAAACGAGCGCCGAUAUCAAGCGAGGAAGGAUCAGUUAUGUGUGAAAGAAUCAAAGCUCAUGCUUACUUGGAAUGUUCAGCCAGAACGAGAGAGGGAGUCCGAGAUGUGUUUGAAACGGCUGCCAGGGCUGCGCUUAGAUGGAAACCAGACAAGCCUCGUCGAUCAUGGCAAAAAUGUCGUCUAUUGUAAAAGUUUGGCCAGAUGGGGUUUGCAGCAGUGUAGCGUGGAAUGGAACUCGAUAUUCUUUCCGAGCUGAGAACCGUCAGUUAGAAAUAAUCAGAACAACUGAUCAUGGAAAAACAGUGACCUUUAUGUUCUCCGUUAUCAUUUAACAUUCGCGAAAUUCUAAGGCUUCUGAUUUAGAUUCAUAGUUUAACUCAACGCAGAGCGUAAUCUAGAAUAAUUAAAAUUAAUUUAUGAACAUUUUGAUGUUCUCAUUUCAAUUUGUAACUAUUUUGACACGGCUUAACAGACAGCAGGUUUUUUUUCCUUUUUUUUUUUAAAUGUUUUGGUAGUCUAGUCUAUUCUUUUUCCAGUUACAAGGUAAGAGUCGCCACCCUAGACCCUGGAAAAAAUCUCGGUAUUCAAUUUUAGGAAUUAAAGGGCUUACAGGCAGAAGAAAAUGUUCACGAAGUAAUCAAAAUCUUCGAAGGAAUUUAUGGAGGUCUAUCUCCUUAGGUCAAUUCAGGAAAUACCGGUUCUUUAAAUUGAGAGGACAAAAACGCAAACAGGGCAUCUUCUCAAGGAGUUAUAUAAUGCUUCAGAUGAUUUUUGCAAAUUCAAAUUGCCUGCACAACAGGCGUAAUUUGUUCACGUUUCACAGGCGAACAAAGAUAAGAGCGAGUCGCGAGUCUAACUCAGUCUGUCAAAUUCGCUAUUUGCAGUAAACCUUUGCUAUCUCCACUCUUCAAUAUCCAUGUCAAGUGAAGUCAAUUUUAUCUUUAACUCACACGAACUUUUGCUAGUAAGAUAAAUUAUAAUUGACACACAUUGGUGUGAGAAAAAAAAGCACAAUAACUAAUUGAAAUAGAUGAAAAAAGGAAGAGAAUAGUAAAGAAUCGUAAAAAAACAAUAGCACUAUUGUUGUGUGUGUGUGUGGAGUUUGAUACACCGGAAGAGUUCAAGAUAAAAAGGAGUGGGUGCCGCAAAAUAACUGAUCAAUACAAGGAAAAUGAAAAUGGAAUAACUUACUUGUUAGAUUAGUAAUUUUACUUCAUGCAAUUGCUAUCAAGACAUGCUAUAAACAGCUAAAAAUUAAUAACACUGUUCAUCUCAGAGUCCUGUUUAUUCUGAUGAAAGCUACAGAAGGAAGUUAUUAUUUUGACAGUUGGCGAAUUCAAAA